AUGCUUCAAAGUGGUUGGUCUCUUUUUUGUGGGCACCUUCAGAACGUUUGUGUCUGUUUAACAAUUAUUUUGAACUGUUAUAUGAUUUACUUGAUAAUCAACAAAUCUCCUAAAAAGAUUGGUAAUUACAAAUACUUGAUGUUGUACAUUUCGUUCUUUGAGAUCACUUACGCCAUUUUGGCAACAGUUACAAAACCGUUUGUGCACUCUUACACCUCGCGAGUUAUUGUCAUUGUCGACGCGAAAAGCUCAUGGUUCAAUCGUGACGUCACUAAAAUCCUGAAUAGUUGUAUCUGUGGAUUCUAUGGAUGCUCUGUCACGAUUCUCGCAAUUCAUUUCAUUUACAGAUAUGGUUCUUUGCAUAAAACUCGUCGAACUCUUUUUGAAGGAUGGAAGUUUAUAGCGUGGUGUCUUGUUCCAAUAUUCUAUGGAAUUGUGUGGGGUCUAACGAUAUUUUUUAUUUUCCCAGAAGAUAAAGGAUUUACGGAAUUGAUAAGAAAAGACAUUUGGGAUUAUUUUGAAUUGAGCAUUGAAGAUAUUGUCUACACUGGACCUUAUUAUUACCCAGAGGACAAAAAUGGAAUACAUGGAAUUGAGCCACUUGCAGUUUUUGGAAUGCUGGUUUUAUGGUUUGUUAUUGUCUCUUCAUCGCUUGCCGUAAUGUUUUAUGGUUUUCGAUGUUACCGAACGAUGAGUGAAUUACUGAGCCGAUCUACAUCUACUUUUGCACAAGGACUACAACAGCAAUUAUUUAAGGCUUUGGUUUGGCAGACAAUAAUUCCCUUGAUAAUGCUGUACGUUCCAUGUUCUAUUGUUUUCAUGUGUCCACUUCUUCAAAUCAACAUUGGAAAUUGCAGUGCAUUUAUUACAGUAUCUGUGGCAGUCUACCCAGCUGUUGACACUCUCCCAAAUAUAUUCAUUAUCAAAAACUUCAAGGAAACCACUUUAGACUUGUUGUGUUGUGGCCACCAAAAAAGCAAAAGCUCAAGCUCUUCGAAAACUUAUUCUUCAAAAGGGGGAAUUAAUAUUACAACUACAUAA